UGCUGAGAAGAAAAAAUCAACGAGAAUUUGCGAAGAAUAGUGAACACGAUUACUUCGAAACGGAACGUUUUUGGACAUUGACAAUUACUCAAACGCAGUAUAUAAGCUCGCGUCAACUCGCGAAUUUUGUAUAGGACAAUUUCACAAAGUAAUGACAGAGUGUGUACACAGUGAAGAUUAAACGUAUAAAGAGGUAUAAAAAAAAAUUGUCUUAAAAAGAAAUUCCUUAUCCGUGACGAUACGAACGACAACGACCAAAACAUCACAGAUAACUAUGUACAAAUUCAUUUCGGCGGAUCGUUAAUAGGAAAACGGAAUAUCGAAAGGAAGAUAUCAUUGGAAAGUCUAGAACGAUUAUUCGAAAAGGAAAAAGAAAAAAAAGAAGACGUAGAGGAAACAUAUGCGACAGCAUUUGAAUAAGAAUUGAAAUUUUAAAUUACAAAAAUGGCACCGAUCGUUGGAACUUAUCAACACGAACGUAACGAAAAUAUCGACGAAUACUUCAAAGACUUGGGCGUACCAUAUGUCGCACGAAAAAUGAUGGGUUUAGCAAGUCCACGUAUGGAAAUUUCAAACGAAGGAGAAAAAUGGUCGAUUCGUACUGUAUCUAUGAUGCGUACUAUAGAAUUAAUAUUUGUUCUCAGUGAAGAAUACGAGGAAACUCUGCCUUCCGGUGAAAUAUUAAAAAAUGUUACGACAAUGGAGGAUGACAGUCUCGUGACAGUAUCAUACAGACCAGAUAACAGCAAAAUAGUACGGAAAUACGAUUUUACUGACGAUGGUCUCGUCUUGACAAUGUCUAACGAAAAAAGCGAUGCAGUUGCAAAACGAUAUUUCAAGCGAGUUCCUUAAAUUUAAAACCUUAAAUCUUGAUGAUUUUUUUAUUUGAUACAAAUAUCAUUUUUAUAUAUAUGUAGUAUAUAUGUAUACACUGUGUAUAAUAUUUUGACAAUAUUAUCAAUGAUCAUUCCAAUGUAAGUUUUAAAUAAUUCUGUAAACGAAUAAUACAAAUGAAAAAUUAAUAUUA